AUUAUAAGUUUUUUUAUUUAUUUAUUUUUUCAUAUCAAGAAAAAUUUAAUCUGCAUUAUUAUCACAUUGUUUUAGGUUCCGAUUGGAUUGACUGCUGCAAAUAAGCAAGCACCGUUGCUUAUGCAUAUGGAGUAUAGAGUUACUCUACCAGAUCAUCACUGGGUUAUUGCUAAUAAACACAAAUUGAUCCCAUCUGUGUACGCUGCUAUUGAAGUGCACUCAGAUGGUUUAGGGAAACCGAGUUUCGUAGGUUACUCCGGCCCUACAUAUAUAGCUGUUAGAUCUGGAAAACAUUCGUCAUCGACUGCUUUAUCUCACGCUCUUGAUUUUAAUAAAUUAAUUGACUUAAAAGAAUUUCAGGAUUUUUCUAAAAAUGGUUCCUUUGUUAAACCAGUUGUCAUCUUGACUGUAGAUGGAGGUCCAGAUGAGAACCCUCGUUAUCAAAAGGUAAUUGAGGUAGCAGUUCAUCAUUUUCUUGAGCAUGAUCUAGAUUGUCUAUUUUUGGCUGCAAAUGCACCAGGAAAAAGCGCUUUUAAUCGAGUCGAGAGAAGAAUGUCACCAUUAAGUCGUGAACUUUCAGGCGUGAUCCUACCUCAUGAUAAUUAUGGAAACCAUCUUAACAAUGCUGGUUUUACGAUAGAUAAUACUCUUGAAAAAAUAAAUUUCCAGUAUGCUGGUGAAACUCUUGCGGAAAUCUGGUCUAAUGUUUCAAUUGACAAGUUUCCUGUAGUUGCUGAAUUUAUUGUUCCAGAAAAAUCAGAAAUCUUAUAUAGUACUUUAAAAACCAAGGACAGCUUCUGGUAUGCUCGUCAUGUGCAAACAAGUCAGUAUUUUCUCCAAAUAGUUAAGUGUGAAAAUCGGAAUUGCUGUAAACAACCAAGAGGAUCAUAUUUUACAGUCAUUCCUGAUCGUUUUUUUCCACCAUUGAUACCGCUAUCACAACUCCCAGAGGGACGGCUCCAAGUUCCGAACUUUUUUCUGUUAGUAAAGUAG